AAAGUAUCUUGCCUGAAUCGUAUUCGUAAAGUUUAUCAGUUUUUGAUGAUACCAGAGUUAUUUUUGCACUGUAAAAGCGGUGAAGACCUAUUUUUAUAGGAAACAGCAUGCCACUUGUGUUCUAGUUUACGCGUACUUCCCUAUAUUAUAUCGUGCAAGUGAAAAUGAACGAUCUAGUUUUUAUUGGUGAUUGGACAAAGGACCGGGUUUUAGGAUCCGGAAGUUUUGGUGUCGUUGUCCUUUGGAGGCACAACAGAACUGAUGAAAAGCUGGCCAUAAAAACUUGCAAAUGGAGCGACGAACUUACCGAGAAACACAGGGAGCGAUGGACCAAGGAGGUGGAAAUGUUGCAGGAAUCGGACAACGCGAAUAUUGUGAGUACGAAAGAACUACCGCCAGAAUUUGUCAGCGGGUUGGAACGAAUGAAUCCUUCGCGACUGCCCAUCCUGUGCAUGGAGUAUUGCAGUGGCGGUGACUUGCGCCAGCUUCUUAACAAAGCGGAGUUCUGUUCUGGCCUUAAGGAGGUACAAGUGAGACAAAUUCUCAGUGACAUCAGGAACGCUAUGCAGUUUCUUCACGGCAAUAAGAUCACGCAUCGAGACUUGAAACCUGAGAACAUUGUUAUGCAAAUCAUUGACAGUCCAGGGAAGCAAAACAUAGGCCCUCAAGCUCAAAAGAAAGUAGUCUACAAACUUAUUGAUCUUGGCUAUGCUAAAGAAAUAGACUCAAACUCGGUGUGUGCUAGUUUUGUAGGCACCUUGCAAUACCUAGCUCCGGAACUAUUCUCCAGCAAAACUUACAGCAACUCUGUUGAUUUCUGGUCCAUGGGUUUAAUUGCCUUUGAGGUGAUUUGUGGUAUAAGACCUUUUUUACCAUACUUGGCACCUGUGCAAUGGAUACCACAUGUCAAAAAGAAGGCACAUGACAACAUAAGUGUGUAUGAAACAUACCACGGAGACAUUGAAUAUUCAAAUGAAUUAUUUGCUGAGAAUUUUAUAUCGCAACCCCUUAAAGCGCUGCUAGAAAAGUGGUUAAGGGUUGCUUUAGAGUGGGAGCCAAGAUUGAGAGGAAGGGAUGCCCCGUCAAAAGUAACAUUUAACAUCCCGGCUGAACAAGCAAAGGCAGCCAGUAAAAUUGUGAUAUUUGAUCUGUUACAAGAAAUUCUAUCUAAAAAGAUAGUAAAGGUAUUUUCAGUUUCUACUCUCUCGCAACAUGCCUAUGAAAUAGAUGACAAAACUAACAUAUCAACAUUAAAAAAAUACCUAGAAGAUGAUACUAAAAUUUCUAAAGAAAACCAAAUCUUGAUUUCCCCUAAAAGCUUUCUUGACCUUGCAGAUGAUGAAUUAGUUGUUAAAUAUUGGAAUGAUUCAUGUAAUAACAUGAUUUAUCUAUAUGAUAAAACUAUCAUGAUAAGAGAUGUUAUCGAACCAGUAGUGCCUAAGACUGUACAAAGGUCUCUUAAAGAAAAUCAAAAGGCAAUGUACAAUUUCAAAAACAGUCAGAAUCUGUACAGGAAUAGUGUAUAUUUUGUAAUGUCUCAAGUGGAAAUGUAUGAAUCUUUAAUAAAUGGACUAUUUGUAAGGGCAGAAUCGUUUAAACAUGGAAGCAAACUGCUGCUUUUGAACCAUAAUAAAGUUGACAAAUGUAUAGGAAAGUUAGCAGAUAAGUUGGAAGUUGUUACAAAAAUGACAGAGACUGGUAAAAAGCAUAUUGAGCGGCUCAGAGAAACCGGCACCGGUGUCAAUUACUUGGGUGGCUUCGACAAGAUAUUUAAAGAUGUUGAUGACCGGUCUGAGAAAAUAACCAAAUUGCAACUAGCAUGGAACCAGCUCUCCGUAAGACUGCAAUCUGCAACAAGACGCAGCAAUGAAGUCCUAACCACAGACAUAAACAACUUUGUUUCCAAAAACAACUUUCAAACCAUACUCAUGGACACUUUGAAAACAUAUGUCCACUUCAAAAAGAGUGAAUUCUUCACCAACCAAAGAUGUAAAGAAAAGCAGUGCACAGACAUCAUAAAGCUUUCCUAUGAAUGCUUGAAACUUAGAUGUAAAAUAUUACAUGAGAUGCGUCAUCAACCAUUUGUGUUAAAGCUCAUAGAUCUGAACACAGAGCUUGCAAAGAUUGCUGAUAUUAUUUCUAACGCUGCUGAUACCACAGACAAAUUAAAUCUAGACUUAUCAACAGCAAUAGAUGAGUUGACCAAUUGUUUGUGGAACACUAUUAGUCUUCUGAGCAGUGAUGCGGAUGAUAUAGCCAACUUGCCCUAUAGUGUGGUAUCAUUCCAGAAGCGAGAUUUCAAAAUUGGUGAGCCAGUAUCGAACCAUUGUAUCCAAGUACCAAAUAUACAGGAUGAUGAAAAACUCAAAUCACUAAUUGAAGAAAGUCUGAAGUUGAGGAGAAAUCAUUCAUAUUUAACUGAGCAGUUGAACAUGCAUAAAGAGUUGAUGAAAAAGUCCAGCUUUGAUUACAGUUUCUUAGCUGAAUAAAAAUUAGAGUUGGCAGAGGACUGAGAAAAACAAAUU